AUGUCGAGCAUUCCGGAAGAGAUCCAAGAAAAUAUUUUAUUAAGGUUACCAGUGAAAUCCAACGCACGUUUUAAGGCGGUAUGCAAGAACUGGAACACAUUAAUUUGCAGUCCUAAAUUUGUCAAUGAUCAUCUUAUUCGUACCAGAAAAAACCCUAGAAUCAUGAUCAGAGAUGCUAACUGCUGGGAAGGUAAAGAUAUCUUUUAUAUCAUAGAUUAUGAUUCAAUAUCAUCAGCAUCGUCAUCAUCAUGCAAGUGUGAAGCAGUAGUUCGGUUGAAUUAUCCAGUGUCAGAAAAGAAUGGAGUUAUAAAUCGUUACUAUAAUAUUUUGGGAUCUUGUGAUGGCUUGCUUUGUUUGGACGCCCCCCGCAGUCAUACUUACACACCAAUUCUUUGGAACCCAUCAACUCGAGAGUACAAUGAAAUUAUACCACCACCUGACAAUCUUGAAUGGCCUUCCUACGGGUUUGGGUACGAUAACAAAAUUGAUGAUUAUAAGUUGGUAUGUAUUGCAUCGAUUGAAGAUGGUGCUGAUGAAGUGAAUGCAGCUUAUGCAUACACGUUAAAAUCGGGUUCAUGGAGAAAAGUUGUCGAAACCAUCCCUUGUGCGGAUUUUGAGAAUCCAGCAGGUUUGCUUCUGAAUGGUGUUCUUCAUUGGCAACUCGCUACUGUCACUGGCAAAAUCUCCAAGUCCAUAGUUGCUUUUGAUAUUAGCAAUGAGAAGUUCACGAAUUUGCCUUUUCCACAAGAAAUUAUACUGCGCCCGGCGCAUAGUAGUUGUCAUCUUGGAGUGCUGGGAGCUUCCCUUUGCAUAAUUUGCGGUGUCCCUAAUGUCCAAGUUGAUGUGUGGGUAAUGCAAAAUUACGGAGUGAAAGAAUCCUGGACUAAGCUAUUCACCACCACCCAAGAAAAAAUAUUGCAUAUCCAAAAUCGUUGA